GUAUUCAUUUUUAUGAUGUAUUUUAGUGUGGAAGAUGGAACCAGCAUUACGGAAGAUUCGGGAUCCAGCCAGAUGUUUGUGGUGGGUGGGAUACUGCUUCUAAUCUGCCUUGCAUUCCUUAUGGUGUUAUGUGCCGACGAAGUACAACAUACAGCUGACCUACCUCCAGCCUGGACAAACAUUGUACAGAUUGACAAUGCCAUCAACACUGGUUUUAAAGGGGUCUCCGACGGAAUGAGGAUUGUAGACCCAAAUUGUGUGCAGCGUACCAGGACUGGAGAUUAUGAAGCUGACGGCGCACGUUGGGGCGCACCACUGAAGAAAGGAAAGCACCUCUUCGAAAUUCAUUGGCCACGAACAACCCGGAGACUCUUGGCGACCGUCGGCGUCGGGACUAAGGAUGCUCCCCUGUUUGUGAAGCCCAAGGACUCGUUGGUUGGCUGUAACAAGUACACGUGGGGUCUAGACAUCGCUCGGUACAGAUGCCUUCAUCGUGAUGAAAUGAUAGCAGUUAUGCCCAGAAACAAGCUCGUACCAGACACAUUUUUGAUGUAUGUGGACUGUGAUAGCGGUACCCUGGGGUUCGGAACUGAGUAUGCGUAUUGGGGAGCUCCAAUCCAUAUACCCAAGUCAGAGUUUCCGGUUUUUCCGAUGGUUGGUACCACCCAGCAUAUGGCACAGAUUACCAUGAAAUACAAGGGUUCAGCCGUUGACACUGUAGGGGACACGGGUUACAACCAGCCUGCACAAGUAGUUGUGACGAACACCGGGCCGCCUGCGAAUCAGGGACAGGGACAGCAGUCGGAAACAUACGUCGCCCCUAUGAUAGUCUCCGGUGUAUAAUACCGACAGUUUGAGAUGAUUUAACAAGAAGAAUUUGUAACACAGUGAGGAUAGCUGAGGACAAAAAGGAUAGUCUUAACAUUAUUAAAUUAACAUUUCUUAUUUAUUGACACUUUCAAGGGAGAAUAUAAAAUGUGAUAAAAAUAUGCAAAUUUGAUCUCAGUCAGUGAUAUAUGCGUGUGAUAUAAACAUGAGAUGUUUUCAGUUUUUAAAACGAAGUUAUUUUUAGAUAUGUGUUUUGUUUUUAUUUCUUAGUUUUUCAGUCUUUUUCAGUUUAAAUGUUUUUGAAUACAGUAUGCUUUGAGUGACGCACAUUUUAUUACGCAAUGAUUUAUGCGGAUAACCAGUCAACUCGUACCUUAGUUAACUCGUACUUUAGUCAACUCGUACCCAAACUUGUGCAUGCUUACAUAUUUUUUUUUUUUGAAAUCGUUUCGUCAUACCUGAUGUUUUUGAGAAAAAAAAAUUUGGACGUUAUUUCGUAUAUUCCAGUUAUUUCACCACAAUAAAAUAUUACCAAGCACACUGAGUUAUCCAGAGUUAUCAUGAGUUGAUCAAAUUCGGAUACGAGUUAACUAAGGUACGAAUAGGUUGAUUUCGAUCUGCGUUCUAACCAAAAUUACGCAAUUGGUAAAUGUCUUUAUAUAUACCUAUACUUAUAAUGGCACUUUAAACAUUUCCCAUUUGGUUUUUGGAUUUUUGUUUUUACUGAUCUGUAUUUCAGCUUACUACAUUAACAGUGUACAUAUAAACAGAAGAACGGGAUUGACAUAAUUAAUUCGCUGAAUGUAAUACAUCGAAAUAUGCUUUUAAAUGAUAUUGUUUAAUCUUUUAAGUUGAAUAAUAAAACUGAUAAGUUAAUCCAUAUAACAAAAGAUCUAGGUUUGCACUUCAACAAAAGCCAAUGUAAUCAAUUUACUUAUUACAUGAAUAGACCGGCAUACUGAAAAAUGUAACUUUAAUCUUUCUAAAUGUUUGUUCUGUUUGCAUGAAGGCUCUACAUAACACCGUAGUUGAAACAUUAGUGUACAAAAUGUGUUAAUACAAAUAAAAAUGUAUGCUUAA